GCAGUUACUCACAUAUUUUAUAAAAGCACCGUUGAUUAUACUUAAUCACUGGCAACCAAGCCAACAUUAUAUAUAGUUUUUUCAUCGCCGAUACUCUAAUCACUUAAAUUGCCACCCUUCAAAAUGGCGUCGUCGAGCAGCUCGAACGAUCCCGGCUUGGAGCAACAUCAAAUCGAUUCAAAGAAUACUUUCGUCGACAUGCAAACUCAGCAGAGCCUACCGUAUCCGACCUUCAUGCGACCAAGUCCUUUCGCAUCAGGUCCUGUUCAACAGGAUUCUUUCUCUUCGGUUCAACGGGCUCUCGGAUAUAAUCCUUAUGGAGGUCCACAUAUGGGUACAAUGAGUAGUAUGGCUCCACCUCAUUCAGCUUACAGUCCUGUUACUGCUGGACACUUUGGAAUGCACGGACAUUAUCAAACUUCUCCACCACGAGACGAAGUUGAAAAUGGAGAAAAGAUGAGAUUAAAUGGAAAAGGAAAGAAAAUGAGAAAGCCUCGUACUAUUUAUUCCAGUUUACAAUUACAGCAAUUGAAUAGAAGAUUUCAAAGAACGCAAUACUUGGCGCUUCCUGAAAGAGCUGAAUUGGCAGCGUCACUCGGACUCACCCAAACUCAGGUUAAAAUCUGGUUUCAAAACCGACGUUCGAAAUUCAAGAAGAUUAUGAAACAAGGACAAUCAAACGGCCAAGCGCCGCCACAGCAGAGUCCAACCGGUCAAACUCACUGCGCGGACAAUGACGACGCAAAUGGCGUUGGAUUGGCAGACCCUUCCCCUCAACCAUCGUCUUGCACUCCCCCUGAAUCCUCUCAUACCCCAGUCAACCAACAGCAACACAUUACACAUCAAAAUAUUAAAUGUGAACCAGCAACUUGUCAGUCAGGCAUGAAUAGUAUGAUGCCAUCCCCGCAUCAUCCAGAUACACCUCCCAUGCAACCUCAACCCUGGGCUAAUGUGAACCUAAUGCAUCAUGAUAUGAGCCAGCAAUGCGGCAGCAAUAUGAGUAUUUCACCUCACCAUAUGAACGUUAGUAACGCAAAUGCUUAUAGUCAGUAUCAGUGGGGAUACGCACCGCCGUCUGGCGUUAUGACCAAUUAGAACUCUUGCUCGUUCCUUAUGUAUCUCUAAGUCAUACGUUCUUUAUUUUGCAUGUGCCUUAAGUGCCAAAAUGAUUUUUUUUUGUGUUUUCAACGAGCGACCGACUGGCUUGCUUCUGCUGCUGAGACUUUUAAAACUUAAUUGUCAUACAUUAAUGUAUAUGUAUAUAACCAACCAAAUUAUUGUUUAUCAGUGAAAUGAUGUCUGUUCUUUUGCAUGCUGCCUAAAUGUUGUGGUCAAAAAAAUUUGUAUUUAGUCUCUAUUCUAUUUAUGAAAACGCAUACAAUAUCUAUUGUAUGAAUAUAUACAGUAUGUAUAUAUUAGAAUGUGUACAUAUAUUUAAGUGUUACUACAGUCCUUAUAUAUAAAUAAAUGCUUACAGUAC